AGUACAUAUUUUAUAACAACUGGGUCGGGCGGGUAGUGUGUAGACAUAGUUUAGUAGUUAAUAGUUGAAAAUUUGAAACCAAACGAUGGAAACCGAAGAAAGUUUUCCUUUCUACAAAACCGCUUUCGUACUUGUGGUUUUAGCAAUAAUCUGGUUUUUUCGCGAAACAAUUAUUUAUAAUAGCUAUAAGAAAUACUUUGCAUGGAUUUCAAAUAAAAUCACCGAAAAUGUUAAAGAAGGAUUAAAAGACGAGAAGACCCGGCUGUUUCAGGUUCUACAUGAUUAUAAAGAUCAACAGGAGAAAAACCUGACGAUACUUGAGGUUGGAUCUGGCGCAGCUCCUAAUUUGUCCUUCUACCCAGCAAAUACUAAGGUGGUUUGCCUGGAACCAAACCAGCACAAUGAUAGUUACGCAAAUGAAAACAUCAAAAAAGAAGGAAAUUCGAUCUCCGUAGAUUUUGUACAUGGAUAUGCAGAGGCUUUGCCAUUCGAAAAUGAAACUUUUGACAUUGUAGUGUGCACAUUAGUGUUGUGUUCUGUUGAAGAUAUGAAGAAGUGUCUGCAAGAAAUCAAACGAGUCCUGCGACAGGGCGGGAAGUACGUCUUCUUGGAGCAUGUGGGAUACGAGAACAAGAAAUCCUGGGCGUGGACGUUACAGUGUGUAAUGAAUCCACUACACCGGGUGUUGUUCGAUGGCUGUGAGACACACCGCGACACAGAAACCUACAUUAUGGCUGCUGGAUUCUCAGAUUUCAGUGUAAACCGGUUUACACACAAGCCGUUUCCGAGUUGGAUCAGACCAUGCAUCAGUGGAUUUGCUACAAAAUAAAUGAAAAGGAAUGAUGGAAACUUACUUUCUGUAAUGUAUAUAGAUUGUGAAAUAAGAAUUUAAACUGUUGGACCCGUCAUAUAAAUUAGAUUUGGUAUUUUCUACUGUAUUGUCCAUUUCUUUGCUUAUGUUCUGUGUACCAAGAGGGCGAGGGACGAACUUCAAUUAUAAUUCACAUGUUAUUGCAUUAUGUGACAGCAAAUGGAUUGCCUUUUAGUUGUGGUUUUGAUUUCGGCCAGAACUCAGAACAAGUUAUUAAGGUGUAAAAGUUUUGAUUUACACGUAUUUCACUUUGACCAGUGUUCUUUACAUGAUGAAGCCAUUCGAAUGAGCGUUCACUAACAUGAUUUAGUUUACAAAAGUAUUUAUACGAAUAAUCUGGAACUAAAUUGCUGAUUGAUGUCAAGUUCAUUAAUACCUGAGUAUAUAAAAUUCAGCACAGUUUAAUCAUGUUAUUUCAUUGAGCAUGUUACACAGAAACGUGAUUUAUUUUCCUACGAAUCUGAACUCUGUGGUAAAUCAGACAAUAAUCUACGUGAAGAACUUGAUAAACUCGUGUUAAAAUAAGUUUAUGUCGUCUGCAUAUCAUAACCUUAAGUAUUGCAUGCUUGGUUAUCGAAAUAAUCGUUUUGAUUAACUGGGUCUUCUUUUACUAACGUAACCUUGCAGGAGUUUUAACUUAACAUUAUAUUUUAAAAAAUGCGCUCGGUUGAGCGCUCUUCUGUGAGAUAAGGCGAAUAAAUCAACAGCUGUCCUGUACAAUAACUUAAAGCAUCUUGCUCAUAGUUUAAAUGGGAAACUUUGAGACAAGCAUAUAUUUGUUAUUGAGGUGAAAAUUGCUACGAACAUGUUUAAAAACUCUGUAUUUAUGUAUAAUGUUGAACGCAUACCUAAAUCAUACCUGUUUGUGUUACAUGAUAGAUACAUGCUCUAUAAAAACUUCGGCGAUAUAGGACCAUUUUGUGUCGAUUCGCCGUAAAACGCAAUUCACUCACUCACUAUCAAAAUAUCUAUAAAUUUGAUGCAGGUUAGAUAUAAAUUGUGUAAAUUGCUCUACGCCUGUACAAGAGUAAAGGCACAAUGUAAUUACAGAACUAAGUGUCGACUUUUAUACUCGUAGAAAGUUAAAUUGUUAAAUGUUGCAUUCAUAACAUUUGUCAUACCUUUUGACAACAUAAAGGUACUGAUUUACAGAUAGGAAGCGCCGACUAAGAUCCCCGCUUGCGACUCAUUAAAAUGGUUGCACGCUUAAUCAUGUAUUAUUAACGUAUUAACCAUGUGUUGUUAAAGUAUUAACCAUGUAUUAUUAAAAUAGGAAACGUCCAUCGCAGAAAAAUUCGCCUUGUUAAAAUGUCUAAAUUGUCAAAAUUGUUUCAUCUAUCGUCAGUUAUAAUAUCUUUUUGGUCAUCUGAGUUGAGAAAUUUGGUGUCGAAUUUCAUUAUUUUGUUUUAAAACAUAUCAGUGUCAGAUAGACAGGAAAACCUUAUCACCUAAAUUAAGUAACUCAUUUCAAUGGAACAUGAAACUUUAAUUUUGUGGCUGGCGUUUUGAAAGUAUGAACGGAAAGAUUCAAACUGUGUGUACUGUAUGUUGCAAGGAGAACAAACAAAUAUCAUUUGAAAGAAAAGGGGCUUAAAACAAAUAAAAUGAUUAUUGCUUUAA